CCCGAAAUUUCCGGGCAGGGCAGAAAUGUAGCGCUGCGCUGAAAGCCUGAAACAACAAAAGUGAACUCAGGGAAAGCCCAAAAUUGAGCGGGAAAACACUCCAUCCAGCAGGCACAGCACUGGCGCUAGGCAGCAGUUUAGUUUAGGUCUUGAUUCUUGAAGGAAGGAAAGAGCAUUUGAUUUUGGUGUUUAUUGGAGCAGAGAGCAAAAGAUGGCGAAAGCUGCAUCAGAGGUCGAAGAGCUGCCGAAGGCUAUCGUGCGCAGAGUUGUGAAGGAUAAACUCUCUCGUUCUUCCGAUCAAGACGAAAUCAAUGUCCACAAGGAUGCUCUCCUCGCUUUCUCCGAGAGCGCCAGGAUCUUCAUUCACUACCUCUCUGCUACUGCAAAUGACAUAUGUAGAGAAUCAAAGAGACAAACAAUCAAUGCUGAUGAUGUUUUCAAAGCCCUUGAAGAAAUUGAAUUUCCUGAGUUCAUUGGACCACUGCAAGCCUCUUUGGAUGUUUUUAGACGAAAAAAUGCUGGAAAGAAGGCUGUAACGGCAAAAGCAAAGGAAGCCAAUAAGAAAAGGAAAAUGGAAGAAGCAGCAGCGGCUCAAAAUGGAAAUGAAGAAUGCAAGGAAAAUGGCAAAGAAGAAGACAAUGAAGAUGAAGAUGGUAGUCCUGACAAAGAAUGAAGUUAUUGAUGUUAAACUCUGUUCCUUUAGAAGGUUUUCAUCUGCUUACAUGUACAGUUUAAGGUGAUCUGAUAAAGCCUAACCUGCAUCAAAAAUGGUCUAAGUUGCAUUUUCAUCUUAAAAAAUGAGGUCUUAUCGGUCACUUCAUUGAUCCCCAGCAGAGAUCUGCACAUGAUGUUUUGGCCAUCUCUGUAUAUUUUUCCUGUUAAGAAGGAUCUUUUAGUUAUACUGGUAGCAUUUAAUAGGUGAACCAUUAUUUUUAAUAUCAA